CGACCGGAGACGCCGAUGUCGCCCCGCCCACACGCCGCGCAGCGCACGACGGGAGGCGCCGCUGUCGCCCCGCCCACACCUCGCGCCUGCGCCGUCCGCCUCUCCGCACAGCUCCGGACAUGUGGGCGCCCGCCGGCGGGCGGUGGGGACUCCGCUGCGGGCUUAGGGCGCUGCUCGGCCGUUGUGAUGCGUUGCCGUUGCCCGGCUCGGCGCGAGGCGUGUGCGUCACCGCUGUCUCUUGCGGGAGCAAAAACUUGCUCAAGAAAUUUGCCUCGAAAGCCAAGAAGAAGUUUUGGUACGAAGGCCCCUCCUUGGGACACUUGGUCACCCAGGCUGGAGGCCCUGAUGGCGAGAACCGCUAGGAAGGCCCGGAAGGAGGACCACGUGCGCCUGAGGGCCCUGGACGGCCUCCUCCACAAAGCACUGGCCGAGCUGCUGAGCACCCCUGAAGUGAGCCAGGAGAUCUGCGACCUGUGCGUGGAGGUCUCCAAGGUCUCUGUCUCCCCAGACCUCUCAGCCUGCCGUGUGUACUGGAAGACCACACUCUCUGCUGCCCAGAACCAGCGCAUAGAGGCCGCCCUGCGGAGGAGCGCCGCACACAUGAGGCACCUUCUGAUGGCCCAGCAGACGCUGCGCAACGUGCCUCCAGUCGUGUUUGUUCAAGACAAAGAAAGCGCAGCCAUGGCCCAGAUUGAUCAGUUGCUGGCAGCCGCGGACUUUGGACCCCCAGCUGGAAGAGCCGCCUCAGGGCAGGACCGUCUCAGGAACCCCGACUCCCCAUCCCUCUGUGACACCCCAGCACCUGCCGUGCAUCCGAGUCUCUGUGGCAUCGAUCAUGAGGCGCUCAACAAGCAAAUAACUGAGUACAAACGGAGAAAGGAGAAAGGGCGGGGCACAAGCCAGCAGCUGAGCUGACGGCAGGGAGCAGGGAAAGAGGCCCGAGCCCCACGCCAGCCACCCCUCCCCAGCAGAGUGAAGACCACCUGGGUUCAAAGGUCAACCCAGGAGGUGAGGAGAGGCCCCGCCUGGGCGAAGCCUCCGCUCCCGGUGUCUGCAGAACUGCUCGUUCCCUGCUGCUUUUCUGCCACCUGAGUGGACUCCCACAGAAAAGUCGCUGUUGCUUUUUCUCGGUGUAUAAUUAAGGAAAUAAAGGCCAUCAUGUCAUGUAAAAUAAAAA